CUGCCAAAGACAGACAUCAUGCUGCCUGCUGUUGUAAAGCUCUGCUGUGGAAUUUCCUACCCACAUAUAAGGAAUAUAGCAGGACUUCAACGCACAGCUGUUGCAGUGAUAGGUCAAGAAAUCACACACCUGCAGCAAUGGGGGACAAUCCAACACCACAUGAGACAGCAAGCUGGUUUAACUUGCAAUGAGGCUUCACCAAAAGAUAUAAAACCUGUGGCGGCAAAAGAUCAGCUGUACGUACAACAUGGCCAAGAAGCUAUGAGGAAGGCUCUCAGUAUCUUGGAGGAGAAAGAAGGAUGGAAGUUUGAGGUUGCUGAGCGUAAUGGUGAUGUGAUCUGUAGCAAAGUGAUGCCAGGGGGUGGGAGAGUGUUUAGGCUGGAGGCAGUGUUGGAUGCCAGUGUGGAUGAGCUCUAUAACCUCCUGUUUGUCAGAGUUGAAGAAAUGCACCAGUGGAACCCAAGCAUCCAGCAAAUCAAGGUGCUAAAACGUAUUGGACCACAAACAAUUGUCACGCACGAGAUUUCAUCUGGGACAGCAGGAAAUGUGGUUGGACAGAGGGAUUUCCUGAGUGUCAGACACAGCUGCAAACAAAUGUCCAGCAUUUAUCUUGGAGGAGCAGCAGUCCAGCUGGAGUCAUUCCCACCGCAGGCAGGCUUCACAAGAGCUGAGGAUGGACCAACCUGCUUUGUCAUACAGGCUCUGGACGAGGAUUCAACAAAAAGUCGAUUCACGUGGCUUCUUAAUAUGGACGUAAAGGGCUGGCUGCCAAAAUCCAUUGUCAAUCAGGCUUUGCCUCGGGCACAGCUGGAUUUCACCAGACACCUCCGCAGACGUCUCAGCUUGAGCUGA